AUGUGUGUCUGGCGUCUCGUGGAAGAGCCUCCAACAGCUUGCAAGAUCUUUCAAUAUUUCAAUCAAACACCUCUAGAAGCUGAUUUUGGUCUUAGUAACCAAAAGUUUGAGGGAUUCUCUUGGAACUCUGAUGAAACUCUCAUUGCUUAUGUUGCUGAGGAACCAUCUCCCACAAAACCCGCAUUUAAUGAUGUAGGUUACAAGAAAGGUGGUUCAAUGGAUAAGGACUUUGGUAGCUGGAAAGGGCAAGGAGAUUGGGAGGAGGACUGGGGGGAGACUUAUGCCGGGAAAAGGCAACCCGCACUUUAUGUCAUCAACAUAAGCAGUGGAGAGGUACAAGCUGUUAAAGGAGUUGACAAGUCUUUGAGUGUCGGGCAAGUUGUGUGGGCUCCAUCAAUUGAUGGUUCAGAUCAGCAUUUGGUUUUUGUUGGUUGGUCAUCAGGUACAAGAAAGCUUGGAAUAAAAUAUUGCUAUAACAGGCCCUGUGCGUUGUACGCAGUUAGGGCAGCAUUUCAUGAAUCAGAUGCCAAAAAAGAUGAUCUAAAAGAUGGUUCAACUGAAGAGUCGCUUGUUAUCAAUCUAACUCAAAGCAUUAGUAGUUCCUUUUUUCCGCGGUUCAGCCCAGAUGGAAAAUUUCUUGUGUUUCUAUCUGCAAGAACAUCUGUGGAUUCUGGGGCGCAUUGUUCAACGAAUUCACUUCAUAGAAUUGAGUGGCCAUCAGAUGGAAAGCUGUCCUCAUCUUUAAAAAUUGUUGAUGUG